CCCUGCUGCUCCGGCGGGUGGCGAAGGCCUCCCUUGCCGCCGGGAUCCUGGCCCUGCUCGGGAUAGCCUGUGCUACUUUGAUCCUCACCAAUCAAAGUCACCUGGAGAAUGCUGACGUCAAUCUGUUGAAAACGCAGAACACCUUGGACCAGCUCGCCCGGAAGAUGAGCUUCAGCCUGGCCUCCCUCGUCAACCUCCGCCAGAAGGCGGCUGGUAACCAUGGACACGAGCAUAGCGCACGAGCACCCACACGUCAACCCCAUGGAUCACUCAAGCCCCUCCAUAUCUCCAGACACGGACGCUGUUGAGGCAAAGAUCUUGGACUCCCUGGCCAACAUGGUGGACACGAAACCGGAUGUGACGUCGGUUACCGAGGAUUACGACUACCUGCCUGACGAUGAUUGGCCCAUGGACGACAUCGAUGACCUGCUGGACGGUGCAGACUAUGGUGACGUCGAUUCUUCCACUCCGGAACCAGAACAUGCAGGUGCUCUAAGGGGCCCGCCUGCCUCUUGCAAGGACAUCCAGAAGACCCAUGACGGACUGAACAACAUCUUCCCGUUCCCGGGCUGCACCACGCCGAUCCAGGUGUACUGCCACAACAUGACCAGGAGCCCGGCCGAGUUCCUGCCGCUGAGCCAUCUCAAGACCCUCAGGAUGUACCACAUGGCGACUGGACAUAGCACUAUCCAGUAUGAGAAAGUGCGUGUGAAGUUCGAGGGAAGGAAGAUAGUGCCUGUGCUGAGCGACCUGACUUUUGCCACCUUCAACAAAGUUUCUAGGUACCAGAGUGCUGCAUCCCAGGGCAGGAAUGUGGUUCAGGCUUCUUCAGAUCAGGCCUUGCCGCCUUGCGUCCUGAUCGGGACCUGCAACCCUGGACAAGAGAACACCUGCUGCACUGUGGCAAGGGCAGAUCUGUCCUUUACCAACCCUGAUCUCAGGGUCGCCGGUAGCCACGGCAUCGGCCCGAUUGGCAGGCCAUUGAGCAAGCCCAAAUCUGUCCCUCCGCGGAGCAUGCUGUUCCCGAACACACCGACUUUGUCCAUGAGCUGCGGAGGCUUCCGCCGGGACCCGACCGCCUGUAAGGACAUCACCGCCCUGCCCUACCUGGAGCAGAAGUGCGGCGGCCAGGGGGAGGGGGGUGAUCCUGCCGUGGACCCCUACCCUCCCCCUCUCGUGGGGCUUGGGGAACUGGAUAUGAUCCAAUCCCUGCUCGGGGGCAUCUAAGAGGUUCAGGGCAGAUACCACUGUCAGUCUUGGCCAUAAUACGUUGAAAAAACAUUUCUUCAUAAAAAUACUAACUAAGAUUUCAAUCUCAAAAAUUCUGCUCCCCCAGGGAGCCACCAGGAGUUAGAUCUGAUACCCAUCCAAAUUAAACGGGGGGACAGUCUCAAA